UUGGGAAGCGGCGGCGGCGGCAGCGACAGCGGCGGCGACGGCGGUUGUCAGCCAAGAUGGCGGCGGUGCUGCAGCAGGUCUUGGAGCGGGCCGAGCUGGCCAAGCUCCCCAAGCUGGUGCAGGGGAAGCUGGAGCGCUUUCUGGCCGACCAGCAGAGCGAGAUCGACGGGCUGCGGGCUAGCCACGAGCGCUUCCGCGUGGACAGCGAACAACAAUACUUUGAAGUUGAAAAACGUCUGGCUCAGAGUCAGGAAAGACUUGUAAAUCAGACACAAGAAUGUCAGACCCUCCGUCAGGAGUUAAAUAAACUAAAUGAACAGUUGAAGUCCCUGAGUGAGAAAAACAAAGAACUAGAAGCUGCUCAGGAUCGCAGUGCAGCCGUCCAGAGUAAGCUUACCAGAGAAAAAGAAGAAUUGGAAGCUGAAAAAAGAGAUUUAGUUCGAACAAGUGAGAGACGAUCCCAAGAAGUUGAACAUUUAAAUGAGGAUGUUAAACGUUUAAAUGACAAACUCAUGGAAGCAAAUGCAGAAAAAGUUAAACUUCAGUUAAAGCUAGAUGAACUUGAAACAUCAGAUGUCUCUGUGAAGUACCGUGAGAAAAGGUUCGAGCAAGAAAAAGAAUUGUUGCAGAAUCAGAACAAUUGGCUAAAUGCAGAGUUGAAAGCUAAAACAGAUGAACUCUUGCAUAUUGCCAGGGAAAAGGGAAAUGAAAUCUUGGAGCUGAAAUGUAGCCUGGAGAACAAAAAAGAGGAGGUUUCUAGAAUGGAGGAACAAGUAAGUGGUUUAAAACAAACAAAUGAAAAUCUACAGAAACAUGUGGAAGAUCUUUUGAAUAAACUAAAGGAGGCAAAAGACCAGCAAUCUGGUAUGGAGGGAAGAUUCCAUAAUGAGCUAAAUGCCCACAUAAAAUUAUCUAGCUUGUAUAAGAGUGCCGCAGAUGAUUCGGAAGCAAAGAGUGAUGAAUUGACACGAGCAGUGGAGGAACUACAUAAACUUUUGAAAGAAGCAGGUGAAGCUAACAAGGCCACACAGGAUCAUUUGGCUGAGGUGGAGGAGUCAAAAGCUGCAAUGGAAAAAGAACUGAGGGAGAAGAUUAGUAAGUUAGAGAAAGAACUGGUGAAUGCAAAUGAAUUACUUUCUGCUACAAAACGUAAAGGAGCCAUACUCUCUGAGGAGGAACUGGCAGCCAUGUCUCCUACUGCUGCAGCAGUUGCUAAAGUGGUAAAACCAGGAAUGAAAUUGACUGAGUUAUAUAAUGCAUAUGUAGAAACACAGGAUCAGUUACUUCUGGAGAAGCUGGAGAAUAAGAGAAUUAAUAAAUACUUGGAUGAAAUAGUGCAGGAAGUUGAAGCUAAAGCACCAAUUUUAAAACGUCAGCGUGAAGAGUAUGAACGCUCACAAAAAGCUGUAGCCAGUCUGUCUGCAAAGCUUGAACAAGCUAUGAAGGAAAUUCAGCGAUUGCAGGGGGACACUGAUAAAGCCAAUAAGCAUGCCUCAGUCCUUGAAAGAGAGAAUCAAAGGCUAGAAAUACAAGUGAAAGACCUUUCACAGCAGAUUAGAGUGCUUUUGAUGGAACUUGAGGAAGCCAGAGGCAAUCAUGUGAUUCGUGAUGAAGAAGUGAGCUCUGCUGAUAUCAGUAGCUCCUCAGAAGUGAUAACCCAGCAUCUAGUCUCUUACAGAAAUAUUGAAGAACUUCAGCAGCAGAAUCAACGUCUCCUGGUGGCUCUUCGGGAAUUGGGGGAAGCCAGAGAAAAAGAAGAACAGGAAACAACUUCAUCUAAAAUUUCUGAGCUGCAGAGUCAACUUGAGGAGGCUCUCAAUGAGCUAGAGAAGUUGCGUGAAGCACGUCAUCUUCAAGUGCAGCUAGUUGAUUCUAUUGUUCGUCAGCGUGAUAUGUAUCGUAUAUUGUUGGCACAGACCACAGGAGUUGUCAUUCCAGUGCAAGCUUCAGGUAUGUUACCAGAAGAGAUAUCCUUUGCAUCCACCCCAAAACGUUCAAUAAUGCCUCAGGCCAUGUCAACUCCUGCUCCAGUAUCAAUGACUGAGUCCAUAGAGGCAGCGGAAGCUAAAGCUGCACUUAAACAGUUGCAGGAAAUUUUUGAGAACUACAAAAAAGAAAAGGCAGAAAAUGACAAAUUGCUAAAUGAACAGAAUGAAAAACUUCAGGAACAAGUCUCAGACUUGCGAUCACAGAAUGCUAAGAUGUCUACACAACUUGAAUUUGCUUCCAAACGUUAUGAGAUGCUGCAGGAUAAUGUUGAAAGUUAUCGUCGAGAAAUAACAUCUCUACAUGAAAGAACCCAAAAGCUUACGGCAACAACUCAGAAACAUGAGCAAAUAAUUAAUACCAUGACACAGGACUUGAGAGGAGCUAAUGAAAAACUUGCAGUGGCAGAGGUAAGAGCAGAAAACUUGAAAAAAGAGAAGGAUAUUUUGAAGAUGUCUGAAGUUCGCCUGACUCAGCAACGAGAAUCUUAUUUAGCUGAACAAAGAGGACAGAACUUGCUGCUAACUAAUCUACGAGCUAUUCAGGCAAUAUUGGAGAGAUCUGAGACGGAGACUAAACAAAGGCUCAGUAAUCAAAUAGAGAAACUAGAACGUGAGAUAUCCCAGCUAAAGAAAAAACUGGAAAGUGAGGUGGAACAAAGGCAUGCACUUACCAAAAAUCAAGAUGUUCAUCUGUUGGAUCUUAAAAGACAGCUUGAGACUGAAACAAGCCGUCACCUUAACACAAAGGAGCUUUUGAAAAAUGCCCAGAAAGAGAUUUCCACACUGAAGCAGCAGCUCAAUAAUACUGAAGCCCUGCUAGCCUCCCAAUCAUCACAGAGAGCUCCUGGGAAAGGGCAGACUAGUACCAAUGAGGAUGUGGAUGAUCUUGUAAGUCAGCUAAGGCAAGCUGAGGAACAAGUUAACGAUCUGAAAGAAAGAUUGAAGACUACUUCUAGUAAUGUGGAACAGUACAGAGCUAUGGUCCUUAGUCUUGAAGAAUCCCUUAAUAAGGAGAAACAGGUGACAGAAGAAGUUCGUGCAACUGUUGAAGUCCGUCUAAAGGACUCCUCUGAGUAUCAGGCCCAGCUGGAAAAGAAGCUGAUGGAGGCAGAGAAGGAAAAACAAGAACUUCAAGAUGAGAAACGUAAAGCUGUAGAGAGCAUGGAGCAACAGCUGUCUGAACUGAAGAAGAGCCUCACUGCCGUGCAAUCUGAAGUCCAGGAAUCUCUUCAGAGGGCCAGCACAGCCUUAAAUAAUGAACAGCAAGCCAGACGAGACUGUCAGGAACAAGCAAAGAUAGCUUCACAAGCUCAAAAUAAAUAUGAGCGGGAAUUAAUGCUUCAUGCAGCUGACGUUGAAGCGCUACAGGCUGCUAAAGAGCAAGUGUCUAAGAAUGCAGCUGUAAGGCAACAAUUAGAGGAAGCUGCUCAGAAAGCUGAAUCUGCAUUGCUGGAGUGCAAAGCUUCAUGGGAAGAGCGGGAAAGAAUGUUAAAGGAUGAAGUGUCAAAACUUGUCUCUCGCAGUGAAGACUUAGAAAAACAAAAUAGAUUAUUACAUGAACAACUGGAGACUCUGAGUGAUAAGAUGGUGACAUCAGUGAAGGAAGCAAACCCAAGUGUGUUGAAUGUUUCUCUCAAUGAAGAAGGCAAAUCACAAGAACAAAUCAUGGAAAUUCUUAGAUUUAUACGCCGGGAGAAGGAGAUUGCUGAAACUAGGUUUGAGGUGGCCCAGGUGGAAAGCUUGCGUUACCGUCAGAGGGUGGAACACCUGGAAAAGGAGCUCCAAGAACUGCAAGACAGUCUGAAUGCUGAGAGAGAGAAGGUGCAGGUAACUGCAAGGACAAUAGCUCAGCAUGAGGAACUAAUGAAAAAGACUGAAACCAUGAAUGUUCUAAUAGAAACAAACAAAAUGCUGCGGGAAGAAAAGGAGAGGCUUGAACAAGAAUUACAGCAAAUGCAAGCAAAGGUACGUAAACUAGAAGCAGAUAUCUUGCCUUUACAAGAAUCUAAUGCUGAGCUGAGUGAGAAAAGUGGAAUGCUGCAGGCAGAGAAGAAACUACUGGAAGAAGAUGUUAAACGUUGGAAAGCCAGGACCCAGCAUUUACUGAGCCAACAAAAAGACACUGAUGUUGAAGAAUAUCGGAAGCUCCUUUCAGAGAAGGAGGCAAAUACCAAACGCAUACAGCAGAUGAGUGAAGAAACAGGAAGGCUUAAAGCAGAAAUAGCAAGAGCUAAUGCAUCCCUGACCACAAGCCAGAAUCUCGUUCAGACUCUCAGGGAUGAGCUAACUAAAAUAAGAACUGAGAAGGAUAAUCUUCAGAAAGAGCUAGACGUGAAAGUGGCUGACAUACAAGAAAAAGUCAAGACUAUAACACAGGUUAAGAAAAUUGGGCGCAGAUACAAGACUCAGUAUGAAGAGCUGAAAGCAAAGCAUGACAAGGUGGUUGCUGAGACAUCGGCUCAGUCGUCUGCAGAACAACAACAAGAACAGCAGGCCUCUGUUCAGGAAGUACAGGAGUUGAAAGAAUCUCUUAGCCAGGCUGAUGUGAAGACAAAAUCCUUGGAAAGUCAGAUAGAAUGUUUACAAAAGACUAUAGCAGAGAAGGAAAGUGAAGCUAGGAGUCUACAGGAACAGAUUUCUCAAGUACAGCUGGAACUUACUCGUCUUCAUCAAGAUCUGCAAGAGAGAACUACUCAGGAAGAACAGCUCAAGCAACAGAUAACCGAGAAGGAGGAGAAGACUAAGAAGACUCUGCUGGCUGCCAAGCAGAAAAUAGCACAGUUGGCUGGUACAAAAGAACAGCUAACAAAAGAAAAUGAUGAGUGGAAACAAAAGAACGUUGCAUUAGAAGAGCAGAAGACUGAAUUGGAGGUUCGGAUGAGUGCUCUCAAAUCACAGUAUGAAGGUCGUAUAUGUCGGCUGGAGAGAGAGCUAAGAGAGCAACAAGAGAGACACCAUGAACAGAGAGAUGAACCACCAGAGUCCACUAAUAAGGUUUCAGAACAGCAGCGGCAGAUCACACUCAAAUCUACACCAGCUUCAGGUGAAAGAGGAAUUGCUAGCACUUCAGAUCCUCCAACAGCAAACAUUAAGCCAACUCCUGUUGUGUCAACUCCAAGUAAAGUAACUGCUGCUGCAAUACCUGGGAAUAAGUCUACUCCACGAGCUAGUAUUCGUCCAAUGGUUACUCCUGCUACUGUAACUAAUCCAACUACUACUCCAACAGCUACGGUUAUGCCUACAACACAGGUGGAAACCCAAGAAGCUAUGCAGUCAGAAGGACCUGUGGAACAUGUUCCAGUCUUUGGAAGUACUAGUGGGUCUGUACGUUCUACUAGUCCUAACGUCCAGACAUCUCUCUCCCAACCCAUCUUAACUGUACAGCAACAGACUCAAGCUACAGCUUUUGUGCAGCCGACUCAGCAGAGUCAUCCUCAGAUUGAGCCAGCCAAUCAAGAACCAUCCCCCACCAUUGUAGAAGUUGUACAGAGCUCACAGAUGGAAAGGCCCUCCACUUCUACAGCAGUGUUCGGUACAGUUUCAGCUACUCCAAGUUCUUCAUUACCCAAGCGUCCACGAGAGGAAGAAGAGGACAGCACAGUAGAAAACUCUGAACAAAUUUCAGAAGAGACGGUGGAUGUUCCUCUUCCAAAGAAACUGAGGGGUAUACAGAGAGUGGAACCUGAGGAGGAAGUGACAGCAGAGGAGAGCACUGAUGGUGAGGUAGAAACUCAAACAUAUAACCAAGAUUCCCAAGAUUCCAUUGGAGAAGGGGUGACACAGGGGGAAUACACUCCCAUGGAAGAUAGUGAAGAAACUUCUCAGUCUAUCCCAAUAGAUAUUGGACCUCUUCAACCAGAUCAGCAGAAUACCUCGUCAUCCCAAGAAUGUCAGUCCAAGCGAGAUGACGUCAUAGUGAUUGACAGUGAUGAUGAAGAGGAUGAUGAUGAAGAAAAUGAAGGCGAGCAAGAAGAUUAUGAGGAUGAAGAAGAGGAUGAUGAAGAUGACGAUGAAGACCCAGGCAUGGGAGAUGAAGGUGACGAUAGUAAUGAAGGAACAGGCAGUGCUGAUGGUAAUGAUGGAUAUGAAGCUGAUGAGGCUGAGGGUGCUGAUGGUACAGAUCCUGGAACUGAAACUGAAGAGAGUAUGGGAGCAGGUGAAAGCAACCAGAGAGCAGCAGACUCGCAAAACAGUGGAGAAGGGAGUACAAGUGCUGCAGAGUCCACUUUCUCCCAUGAAAGUUCAAGAGAACAGCAACCAACAUCUGCCUCUGAGAGGCAGGCCCCUCGACCACCACAGUCGCCACGCAGACCUUCACACACACUACCUCCACGCUUAACUAUUCAUGCUCCGCCCCAAGAGCUAGGACCUCCAGUACAGAGAAUCCAGAUGACUAGGAGACAGUCUGUGGGACGUGGACUACAACUGACUCCUGGCAUAGGGGGUAUGCAGCAACACUUCUUUGAUGAUGAGGAUAGGACAGUCCCAAGUACUCCAACGCUUGUGGUACCACAUCGUACAGAUGGAUUUGCAGAAGCUAUUCAGUAAGUAGAUAUAAAGAAAUCAAAAGAAAGCUUUAUACUGACUCAUAUUCCCCUUUUGCUGAUGAUGGGACACUUUCACUCAUUAAGAAUAAAUGGAAAAGAUUAUGGAGUAACAUGCUAACUAGCAUGCUAUCUUAAAGGCAGUUAGAGAAAAGAUGGAGAAAUCAGAAUUGU